GGGACUGUAUAUACGGACAUCACGUGAGUCUAUGAUUUUUGGGUAUCUGUGGGAGGAACUGAUGCUGACCUCGACAUUAGUGCGCGAGCAUGAAGGGCAAUAUUUGCACGCACCCUUACUGCAAAUUUCCUGUCGAUGCGCAUCCGCCUAAUACCAAGUUUAAGAACCCCCAUAUCGACAAGAACAAUUAGUGAUGUAACCUUGCUUGGAGGGGCUCUUUGCUUGCCAGGAAUCCAGGUGCCUUCCACACCAGGACCAUGGAACAUUUAUUACGGUGUGGGAUUAUAUUGCUGUGAGACGACAGACUGCUUGUUGGAGCAUACAUGUAUGUAUGCAUAAGUACGGUGGCAGGGAGCUGUCGCCACCGCUCUCCUUUAUAUUACGAACAAUAUGGUAUAUACUUAUAUUCGACCAUUUCCAUCAGUCAAUACAAAUGCAACGAUCACCACGUCUUAAGCCCUUGGAGUUUGUCGUUGCAUGUUGAAGUCGUUGUCCCACAAUUCUCCGAGAUAGGUACGGUACGUACCUCGAUGACCCCACGCACGAGGGAGAAGGAACCCCACCAAAUCCAACCUCACCUCUCAAUUCUGAGCCUCCCCCAGUCCAGCCCAGCUCCCGCAUCGCAUCCCAUCGCAUCGCCACAAAACACCACAGCCAUGUCGCACCAUCCUCGCGUCGAGGAGGUCUCCGACUCGGACGACGACAGCCGCUCCCUCUCAGACCCCUCCGAAGUCGACAUUGACGACUUUGCCGACAGCGACAUUAUCCGCCAGCGCCAACCCCAGGCCCCGGCGCCUCCACGCAACGCCGCCGUCCCUGCGCCCGCCAACACCCAACAACCCAGCAACCUCCCUCGCUCCACCGACCGCGCCCAGUACGCCUCCUUCCAAUGCCUCUACCCCGUCUACUUUGACGCCGCACGCACCCGCGCCGAGGGACGCCGCGUCGGCAAGGCCCUCGCCGUCAAGGACCCGCUGGCCCGCGAGAUUGCCAAUGCGUGCUCGAAACUACGUCUCCCGACCCUCCUCGAACCGGACAAGACGCACCCCAAGGACUGGGCGAACCCGGGACGGGUCAAGGUUGGGCUGAAAAAGGCCGGCGCCGGCACCGACGUCACCAACAAACACCACCUGUACCUCCUCAUCGCGCAGCACCUGAGGGAGAACCCGACGGACGACGACUCAAUCGGCCUCCGCGUCCGCAUGGGCGGCCAGCUGCAGCCCGAGCAGGGCAAACCGUACCCCAGGCCCGCCGUGCCGCGCGGCUGGAAGAUGGGCGAGCUGCUGCCGUACACGAGCGCGGCGAUGACGGGCGGGGGCGUCUCGGAGAACUUGUUCAAGGACAUGAUGAGUGAGAUGCAGGGCGGAGGUAACCCCAUGGCCGCCCUCAUGGGGGGCGCAGCGGGAGGCAGCGGUGGUGGCGGCAGUGGGAAUGCGAGCGGCGCGGACGAGGGCGGUGGGAAGAAGAAGGACAAGAAGAAGAAGGGGAAAGCAUAGUAGAAAAUGUCACGAUACAGAAAUGCCAAAUUAUGAAUAU